CAAGUCUUUACAAGUUGUUUUGAACAGUUUUUCUUACAGAUCAACAGUGGUGAAAUGGUGCAAGAGUUGCAUCAAGUGCUUUUGGAGCGUGAAGCUACCUGUCAUAAAACCUGCUUCAGUCUACAGCUCAAUGGCGUCAGUCUUGACAAUUUCACGGAAAUUCGAGCGAUACCUGAUCUAGUCGAUGGAAGCGUUCUACAUGUCGUCGACGAGCCAUACACGUUGAGAGAAGCCCGAGUACAUAUUCGUCACGUACGUGAUUUACUACGUCAUGCUGACCAGGCUGAGGCCGCAUCGGCGGUUGAUAUGAACUCACUCUCUUUUCUCACUUCUGUGAAUCUGCAAGAAAGAGGUGAUAAAGAGAAGCCGUUCGAUGGACUACCUCCUGAGUAUGUCGUGCCAGGAACGAAGGAACGCUCCCUUGCCCCGAUGAUGACGCAUCUCUCCAGGGGAAAAUCUGCCGUACGAAACAUGGGAAUUUCAUCAUUCAACCCACCUCCUGGACACAGAAAGGUCAAAGGAGAUGUGCUAUACAUCUUUGUGGAUACUGUAGAGAAACGUCGCCUCCACAUUACUUGUUGCACUAAGGGAUUUUUCGUGAACUCGUCCACGGACGAAGUUUUCAAUGCUCAACCAAGCAGUCAAAACAAGGCUGUGUAUCAUAGCCUGGUCGAUCUACUGAAUGUUCUAAGUCCAGGAUUCAAAAAAAUAUAUCCUACCAUCAUAAAAAAGCGCAAUGAACGACAUAUGCUCGACAGACUUCCCACACCAUACCCUGUUCACUCUUGGUUGUCUCCAAUGCAGGAGGUGGUCGAGGAUUCGAUUCGUGCGGAUGACGCGUCCCAACCUCAUCGCGUUGGGUUUGAGGAUCAUCUACCGGGGCAGAUUCGUGAUUGGAACGAGGAACUUCAGACUACUCAUGAAAUGCCUCGUGCUUCUUUGGCGGAACGAGUUACUAGAGACAGGAGUGUUUUUAAGAUUCAUGGCGAUUUUAUUGGAGCUGCUAUCAAGGGAGCAAUGGCAGUUGUUGAUGGAAAUGUGAUGGCAAUCAAUCCUGCCGAUGAACCGAGGACCCAUAUGUUCAUAUGGAACAAUAUUUUUUUCAGCUUAGGAUUUGAUGUCAAAGAUCAUUACAAGGAGCUUGGAGGUGACGCGGCUGCGUUUGCGGCAACCUCGGCUGACUUGCAAGGUGUUCGCGCUUAUGCUGCACUUGACAACUGUAAGCUAUGCACGUUAGGAAUGGCAAUAAUCGAUUACAGAGGCUAUCGUGUGACCGCCCAAAGUAUCAUACCAGGAAUUUUGGAUAAAGAACAGGAGCAGUCAGUAGUUUAUGGUUCCGUGGACUUCGGUAAGACCGUAGUUUCAUCAGAAAAGUAUCACGAGCUCUUGGAGGCUUCAGCGAAAGAUCUAAAAUUGUUGCCUCAUGAGGUUGUCAUUGACGAUCAAGGAAAUACUGCAAAGCUGUUCACCAGUUACGAGACCAAGGGAAUUAUCGGGAACGAUGGACGGUAUUAUGUGCUUGAUCUUUUGCGGACGAUGCCACCAGAUGUCCAUUUUCUACAAGAUGCAGAAGUUUCGGAAAAGGCUAAAUCGCUCGGAUUUCCAAGGCCAUUCCCUCACAAACUUGCAACGCUGCGCCAAGAGAUUGUCGAAAUCUUCCAUGAAGCUCGUUGUAUGCAAUUCAUCAAAACCGCAGCUAAUCACGUUAGGCAGCACAUUGCUGCAAACAAGGAGAAUCAGGAAGCACGUAAGUUCCCUACUGCUGCUGAAUCUGUACAUUCUUUGCGACCGGACACAUUUGAUAUCCGCUUUAACCCUGACUGUUUCUCAUCCACAGUAAAACAUGCACCAGGAGAAGAUCUCGAAAAACAAAGGCGACUAGUUGUUGAGUUUAUGCUGACCUCACAACUACCGGAGUUCGUGGCUAGUUGUGUGGAUGCCACAGUUACUCCUAUUGACGGUGAAAGUCUGUGCGACUUGAUGCAUACCCGUGGAAUCAACGUGCGUUACUUGGGAGACGUCGUGCGAACGGUAGGAAGCCUGUUACUACCAGUCACUGAGUUAUGGUCCUUUUCACCGCCAGAGUAUUCAGAGCAGUUGGGAUGCGCUAUCCGGGUUAGUACCUUUUUGAUGAACCUUAAUCUCAUACAGGCCAGUAAGAAGUCUAAAAAAGCAUCUGCGAGCGGAGAGUGGGUGGCUGUUAACACCAAGGAGUUCUGGAACGCUCUCUCUCAGGAAGCCAAGAACUACUACGCGUUUGAUCUUAAGGUGUCUCAUUCUUCUUUAACUUCAGACUAUCAGCUUGACUCAACAUCUACACGCUCCCGUCAGCCGUUCUCCGAGGACGAUAUUCAGAACUUGAUUCCCGUGACUAAGCACAGACAACCAUGCGCAAGCGAUGCUAAGAAACUCUUCACUCGUGGUCAACAGGCUAUGCAAGUAGGACAUCUGCGCGAGGCAUAUGAGUGUAUCGCGGAAUCAGUGAAUCUGAUGACUUCCGUCUAUGGUGCUUUGCACAGCGAACUCGCUCAAGCCCUUCGUCUUUUGGCUCGUCUUUCAUAUAUACUCGGUGAUCCGACUGAAGCAGUCGCACAGCAACACCGGGCCGCUUUGAUGAGCGAACGCUGCAAUGGUAUUGAUCAUGCUUACACAAUUAUUGAAUACGUGAGUCUUAGCCAUUUUUGGAACUUGAUAUUGAUUGGGAAGCCAGAUAAAUCUCGCUCACUUUGCAUUCUCAAAUCUUUAUAUACCUGCUGCUCUGAGACUGCUGGAAACAUUGGCGUAAUAUUAUUCGCUGUUCACGAGUUUGACACCGCUCUGCGUUUCUUACAAUCAGCCGAAGCUGUUAUGGCAGCCAACGGAGAGCCGAAGCGUCUCAAGUCCGCUCUAGUGCAGCACAUCACUGCUCGUGCACAUGCGUCCCGUGGAGAUUUCCGUGCUGCAUUAGCUGCUGAAAAAGAAACAUAUUCAAUUUACAAUAAUCUGUUCGGUUCUGAUCACGAUAAGACGAAGGAAUCAAGCGAAUAUCUCAGCCAACUGACGAUGCAGGCUGUCGCUUUCCAAAGAAAGGUUAUGGAUGCAACGAAAGGGAAUUCACUCCCUCAACCGUCACUGUCGUCUAUCCUUGACGUAUUGAAUAUUCUGAACGGCAUCAUCAUUAUUUCGGUUGGUAGCAUGCCCAGUGCCAAUGAUGUUGCAGCGGAAGCCCCCGAGGGCAAAUCGACAACGGAAUCACUUGGAAUGACUGAUGAGGCUCUCGAUUAG